UAUCCCUGCGUGCCCGGCCACGAGGUCGGCGGCGUAUGUGUUGCGGUCGGCCCCAACGUCACAAAGUUCAAGAUCGGCGACAAGGUGGGCGUUGGCUGCAUGGUGGACGCGUGCCUCAAGUGCAAGGCCUGCCUGGCGGGCGAGGAGCAGAUGUGCGCCAGCUUCAGCACGGGCACGUACGGCGCGCUCGACGCGCACGGCCGUGCCGAGCCGUACCCCAAGGGCGGGCAGACGCUCGGCGGGUACACGCAAAAGAUGGUGGUGCACGAGCGCUUCGCGAUCAAGAUCCCGUCCUCCUACCCGCUCGAGGCGGCGGGGCCGGUCAUGUGCGCGGGCGUGACGAUGUACGACCCGCUCAAGAAGCACCUGCUCAAGGGCGCCGAGCGCGUCAAGGAGGGCACGCACGUCGGCAUCGUGGGGCUGGGCGGGCUGGGUCUCACCGGCGUGAAGGUGGCCAAACUGCUCGGAUGCAAGGUGACCGCCAUCUCGCGCGCCGAGAAGGGCACGCCCAAGGCGAAGAUCGCGCUCGAGAGCGGCGCCGACGAGACGCUCUGCUCGAAGAGCGCGGCGGCGAUGGCAGCGGCGGCGGGCACCCUCGACCUGAUCAUCAACACGAUCCCGAUGGUGCACGACGACGAGCUGUACGAGCCGCUGCUCACCGACGGCGCGGUGCAGGUGGUCCUCGGCGUGACGCCGCGCUGGGUGGCCGGGCUGGUCGGCGCGCUCACGGGCGCGCUGCCCGCGCGCAAGACGGUCUCGUCGGGGAUCGGCGGCAUCGCUGCCACGCAGGAGGUGGUGGAUCUCUUCGACAAGCACAGGAUCUACCCCAACAUCGAGAUCCACCCGGUGGAGGAGAUCAACGAGAUCAUGAACAAGCUCGACAAGGGCAACGACUCGUCGGUGCGCUACGUGCUCGACAUGGCCACGCUCAACGAG